CCUUCUUCUACUUUGUGCUCUCCCUCGCGAUCCUUGCCGCCGCCAUGCCCGGCGGUGCGCCCCCGCCCAAGACCACCGCCGCGCCCCCUCCGGCGCCCACUGCCCCCGCCGGCGGCUCUAGCUGCAGCACCGGCGCCAUCCAGUGCUGCAACAGCGUCCAGAGCUCCAGCUCGGCGUCCGCGUCCGCCAUCCUGGGCCUGCUCGGCAUAGUCCUCGGGGACAUCACGGGCCUCAUUGGCCUUGGCUGCUCGCCGAUCAACGUGGUCGGCGUCGGCUCCGGCAACGCCUGCUCGGCGAACGCGGUCUGCUGCACCAACAACAACGUCGGCGGCCUGAUCUCCAUCGGGUGCCUCCCGGUCAUCCUGUAGGGCUCAUGAGCUACGCACCUAACAAGGAGCUACGCCCAGGUGGGCGGUGCUGGCGAGGAGACGCGCAGUUCGGGCUGCUGCUUCAUGUACCACCGCUUGUAGCAUCGUUUCGGAACGGAGAAUAGAGUGGACGGA